AUGGUCCUCACCAUGUGCUGGCAGCCCGCCGGGUCGCACGGCGAGGCCGGCGACGGCCAGCCCGUGGCCCUGACGCCCGGCGCCCUCGAUCUCUUCGUCUUCAUCCGCGGCGUCUGGGCCGUCAUGGAGCCGUCCGAGGCCCAGAUUCUCGAAACGCCGCUGGCGCCGCUGGCCGGCAACGGCCUGUCACAUCGGCUCGAUCCGAGCAGCUUCAACAAAUCCACGCUGCGCUUCUCCAUCCUGCCCGAAGACAUGUUCGACGCCCUCGACGACACGUCGACCUUUUACGAGACGACCCUCGACGGACCCAGCCGGCACGACUACGUCCACGCCGUGCACCUGCUGCGGCGCGCCGUGUGGUUGGUCGCCGGCGCCGGCGCGCAGCCCGAGUCGCACAUGAUCAUGUUCAUCCCCUACCGGGUCGAGGACAACCUGCGCCUCGACAUCAUCGCGUGCCGGCCGCACGCCAUGGUCUUCCUGGCGCACUUUGCCGUGCUGCUGCGCGCGUUCGAGACGCGGUUCUGGUACUUUGGCGGGCUGGCGAAGCGCAUGUUCGCCGUCGUUGACGAGAGCCUCUCGCGGUUCCCGGUGCAUUUGGAUGCCGUGCUGUGGCAGAGGAGACAUGUAUUUGAGAGCUACGAGUCAUAG